AGCUUUCCAGGGAUCCCAAAUGGCAUCCCCAAAAAGUGGCACCUCCUGGCAUCAAGCCUGCAUUUGUGGGAGAUGGAGGUGUCGCCGCCGGUGUCCCCGAGCGCCAGGGAUGCAGCAGCAGCUGCCGCCGUACGAGGUGCUGCCGGCGGAGGUGAACAUGGAGGACCUGCCCCGGAGCACGACGGUGCUGAUGGAGGAGCCGCCGCGGCCGCCCCGGGACCACCUGGUGUGGUCCCUCUUCACCACCCUGUACGGCAAUUUCUGCUGCCUCGGUCUCCUGGCGUUCGUCUUCUCCGUCAAGUCCAGGGACCGCAAAGUGCUGGGUGACUACAGCGGGGCGCUGAGCUACGGCUCCACAGCCAAGUGCCUGAACAUCACGGCCCUGGUGAUCAACAUCAUCAUCGUCAUCAUCGUCGUCACCGUCGUCGCCGUGAUGGUCGCCAAAUCCAUAAACACCCCACCCCAGUACGGGUACAACCCUUUCUCUGGCCACACUUAGCCCCUCCUUGCCCCGCGGGCUGUGCUUCCCUCCCCGGAGCCUGCCGGGAGUGCCCUCCGGUCACCAAAACUGCAAAUUGACAAUCCACGUGCCCCCACCCCGACCCUGCUGGUGUCCUGUCCCUCUUCUCUCCCCACUCGGAGCUUUUGUGGGGCCCUUGCUGAUGGCUGCCCUCGCUGGGAGUGUCUGGAGCUGGACACCGCUCCCCAGAGAGGAGCUGAGCAUCCCCAGCCCCGCUGUCGCCUGCUUGCUGCUCUGCUCUGGGUCUGGAGCCCCAGCUGCCUCAAAAUAAUUCUGAGGAGAAGCACCUGGUUCAGAGAAACCUGGUCCCUGAAAUAAAGGUUUAUUCCAUUUUUGCCCCCUGAAAUAAAGGUUUAUUCUAUUUUU